CGCAGUAGUGAUUUGUAGUUUGAUUGCUGGAAGGGGAGCAUCACAAGGCUGUAGUCGUUAGUCCAUCAAGCUCGUUGAAAACCUCAAUAUCUCCGCUCUAAAACCAAUCCAUACAUCAUGAAUGGUAUAAGUACAGCAUCAACGACUCCUCUAUCAAGGGCUAUUCCUUCCAGACGGAUCCCAGUUCACGAUCCUUCGCAAAUGCCCAUGGAUUACAGCACGACUCCCGGAGGAACCAUAUAUUCCACAACUCCUGGAGGUACAAGGAUUAUCUAUGAUCGUAAAUUCCUGAUGGAAUUGAGAAAUUCACCAUUGUCAAAUACUCCACCAGCCAACCUCCCGUUUAUCCCUGGAGUGACAAGUGAAGAUAAUGCWAAACCUGAAGAAAACGUAAAACCGGCAUCACUACCGGAGCGAAAGCCUGAUUCAGGAGACGAACCUCAGUUUCAAAUGGAAAUAUAACRACAGAGACCAAAGACCACCCUCAUGCCGCAACAAGAGUUUACAAGUAUUCGUACAGGUCAACUUAUGUUAGGCAUAAGUUAGUAAGUUCUUAUCCCUCUGUCGUCAGGGUGUAUAUAUGUAACAAGCGUGAAUUAAAACCCUAUAUGGCCUUAGCGCAUGAAGAAAUGAUUCACAUGUCCAAAGUCUUAUGUUCCAAGCAUGUGUGGGCGUCACAUCCAAAUGAUUCCAUCCAACACCUAGAAGAUCUUUUUCAUUCAAGUUUUAWAUUGCCAUGCACAGAUUGAAAUAAAAGAUGGCUAGAUUAACACAAGAGAGAGUCUUGGCACGACUAGUCUCUAGUUUUUGAUCUUUAUUUAAAGCAUCUUAACGAUGCAUUGGUGUCCAAUAUCUUUUGCAUGUAUGGCAUUUGUUUUUAUCAUGAUAAUAUUGAACUCUAUUAUCACACCUAAUAUUAUUCCAGAUGAAGUGAAAAACAAGGAAAAAAAUAAUCAAAAAUAUAUGUAAAAGAACUUGAAUUUGACCUAUCAGUUUGCAAAGUUGAUGAAAAUGGAUUGCAAUUUUUCCCCAAAAAUAUUUUCAACUCAUAUUGCAUUAAUAUUGGAUACCUUUAAACGUUAAAAUUUUCUUUCAACUUUAUUCUUUUCUUUCUUGCGAACAUGUAAGAUAAUUCAGUGUUUUCCAGUAAUCAGUUUUUCAUAUUUUGUUUCUUCAAAUGCCUUGGCCAUGAAAGUGUACUUUUGGUCUUUUUGCUGAUGUAGCAUUGCGAAACGAGUAGUUAGGCAAACCUAAUCUCCAUCUAUUUUUGCUGUAAUUAGGCUUAAAACGAUUCAAAAUGAUAAAAAAAAUAAWAAUGAAUUAUUCCAA